GGCAGAGUUCUUGAGUUUUUGGACCUCACAAACUGUGAAUAGCAGGGAUGCAUUUUAAAUAAGUGCAAACAUUCUGGCCUGCUGGUCUUUUGGCCAGAAUUUCUGUAAGUAGUAUAAAAAAAAAAUACGUUUGAAAAAAAUACGGAGUUCUAGACAUUUCCCUGGAAAGUGCCUUAAAUGAUAUCGGUAACUUGAACUUGAAAAAGAACACCAACAGUAAUGUCAUUCUGUGGGCUAGACAAAACAAAAAAAAAGCACAAUUGGCUCGGAAAAAGCUUAUGAUUAACAAUAAGUACCUUAAAAUGACUUUCGAAAAUAACCAGAUAAGAAACGAAAUUGCAAUGGUUGAGGAUUUAUCCGAAGUAGAUAAUGAUACUCUCCAACAUGUCGAUAGCAACUACGAAGGUGUAGAUAACCAAGAGGGUCAAAGCACUUAUAAUAUAAGGAAACAGGUUGUUGACCUGGAAUUAGAAACUAACUAUUUUAUAAAGGGUGAACUUGUUAAACUCAAAAACAUUGAAGCUGUCUGUGGAGAAUCUGCCAGUUUAGGAUGCAAAAAAAGAAUGAAUAAAAAGAGAGCCAUUGGAUCCAUCACAAAAGCAACUCGAUUACGUUAUGGUCACAAGUGUGAUAUAAUAUUUAGACAAUACAGCAAUGGGCACUCUGUUCCUUUAGAGUUAGGGGCGUGUGAAGCCAAAUCAAUCAUUGAAGAUGAAUCUGGCACUAAUUUUAGGGAAGAAGGCUUUUUUAAACUACCCCGGAUAUUGAAAGACAUGCUUGACUGUUUACUUCAAGAAAUCAACUUUGAUGACCGCUCAACAGCAAUUCGCACAGUUGGUUUCAUCCAUUCUGGUUUAUCAAGUACACUUAUUAAAUUAGAUAGACCUACAAAGUACAUCUCGCGUGUCUCAAGAUGCAGUACCUUGAAAAUCAGCAGCUCCGUGGUCCAGUUUGGUUCUACUGUUUUGCCCGUCAUUCUUUCGACUUGGGUAUGCUGCGAAAUGGUCAAAGAGGUAUUCAAAAUUAUCUCACAAGACAAGGAAGUCAAUGAAGAUGAUAUUAGCUUGUUUGAUAACUUCUUGGAAAGAACACCCCUCCCAGCUAUGCCAGCUACAUCAGCAUCAUCUGAGACAGCACAAAAAAGACUUAAAUCAAAACAUUAAGAAUAUUCUUUUUCUUCUCUUAAAAAAAUAAUAGUUUAGUUGCUGAUUAUAUGUCUCCAAGAUUUGUAUCUUUCUUUUGUCAUAAUGCACCAUUCCAUCGUUUUUUUUUUUUUUUUUUUGUAAAGUUUCAAAAUAAAACAGCGGGCCCC